UUUGUGACACCUGCCUCUCUGGUUGGCUGGCAGGGAACAUGGCGAGGAAUGCGCACGGAGGAGCCGUCAGUGACCCCCGGCUCUGCUCGCCGAUGGCCGAGGAAGGCGAGGUUCUUGAGAGCGAGCAGCAGGGGCGCCCCGAGGUGUGCAGGGAGGGCAGCCCAAGGUGGGGGCCCCAGCACGCAGGGGCCAAGGAGUUAGCGGAACUUUAUUCUCCAGGAAAAAGAUUCCAGGAAUGGGUCUCUGUGAUCCUCUGCUUCGUUUUGCUCGCCUACAAUUUCCUCAGCCUGAUUCGCUACUUCAGCCUGGACCACACGGCCAGCAUCAUCUUUAGUAUCUUUGCAGGAAUCAUCACUGCGGAUUUCGCCUCUGGGUUGGUCCACUGGGGGGCCGACACCUGGGGGUCUGUGGAGCUGCCAAUCGUUGGAAAAGCAUUUAUCAGACCCUUUCGGGAACAUCACAUCGACCCCACCGCGAUUACGAGGCACGACUUCAUCGAAACCAAUGGAGACAACUGCAUGCUGACCAUCGUCCCGCUGGCGAGCAUGGCGUACAAAUUCACAUUCCUGUCUUCAGAUUUAAUACACAAAACGUACCCGACGGAAUGUUUCGUGUUUGCGCUGGCGAUGUUUGUGACGCUGACAAACCAGAUUCACAAGUGGUCUCACACCUACUUCGGUCUUCCUACCUGGGUGGUCUUCCUCCAAGACUGGCACAUCAUAUUGCCGCGUAAACACCACCGGAUCCAUCACGUGUCCCCGCACGAGACCUAUUUUUGUAUCACAACAGGUUGGCUGAAUUACCCGCUGGAAAAGAUCGGUUUCUGGAGACGCCUAGAGGAGAUCAUCCAGGGAGCUACGGGAGAGAAGCCGCGAUCCGACGACUUGAAAUGGGCUCAGAAAGUGAAAUGAGGCGACGCCAGCCCCACUCCAACCCUGAACGAGAGUUUGCCAACAUUUUAACACAAAAAAAAUCUACGCGAAACCUAAAGCCAUUAGCCAAAUAUACGACUUUUUAUGGAGUAACUGACUUACUAACUGUGCUAACACCCUAGGAACUGGUAACCAAGGACUUUCUCUCCGUAAACGAACAUCAGGAAAGGUCCUCGUGUUCCCGUCUCACCAGAGCGCCGACCGUUCCCUUUGCUGAUGUCCUAGUGACGUUUCACCAACCUGAGCCUCGUGUGACCACCUCACGGGCCAGUCGAGAAGAUUGUACACUGACUUGCACUACGGAAACACAUCGGCGAACUCGAUAAGCAUUUGUUGUAUCAACAUGAAUGAAAUCAAACAUGUCAUGCAGCUAUGAAUCAUUAGAGCAGUUUUGUUUUUCCGUUUA